UUGUUCUUCGGGCUAGGAACGGGCGUCCAUUUUGCUUCGCCAUAUUGAAUUUGGUCGGACAUCUUUGGACGCCAUGUUUAGUCGGACAUAUUUUAUAAACAUUUUCGCGUAAAUUUCAAAUAUUUUUCGGCAGUAAAUAACGAAGUAUUUUUCACUCGAGUGUGUAGUGUAAAUUGUAUAAAAAAUUGUCUGAAAAUAUUACGUGUCUGCUCAUCGCACCAUAUUUGUCUCCAGGGGGCCGAGCAGCUUUUGUUGUAAUCUAAAUAAAGAUUGCUGUCCAAAAUGAUGAACCAAGAGAUAAUGUGCGAGGUGGAGAUCGGCACACAUGGGAUGGUAGAGAUAGAUGGAGAUGACCAAGUGGGUGUCAAAUAUGAGGAAAUAGAAACAGGCCAGUAUGAGGAAUACAUCACAGACGAUCAGUAUGAGGAGGUUGAGGAACAUGUCAUUGGAAUGCAACAUCUAGAGGAAGAUUACAAAAUUUCAGUUGGUAGUGAAGAAGUGAUUCUGCCUGGUAUUUCUGGUGAGGAAGUUCUACACCCAAGUGACAGUCCAUAUGUGGAUACAGUGUACCCCCAGCCACCUUCUACAAGCAGAAGAGGUCGAGGGAGGCCCCGGGUAGGAUCUAACAACUCAAACAACAUACAUCAUCUGCUUCCUAUAGGUGAAGUGCCAAUGGGUGUAGUAGAGAAUAAUGCACCUCGAGGACCAGCGCGACGUUGGGAGCAGAAGCAGGUCCAAAUUAAGACAAUGGAAGGCGAAUUCUCCGUCACUAUGUGGGCUACAGGUGAAGAUGAUGAUGAUGUAUCCAAUCCUGAACCAGAUCCUGACUACACUGAGUAUAUGAAUGGCAAGAAAAAUGUACUGGGCAAUGAAACAAUGCCAGGAUUAGAUUUAUCUGAUCCGAAACAACUGGCUGAAUUUGCAAGACCAGGGCACAAAAUAAGACUAAAAAAACCCUCCCCAGAAUCUUCAGAUAGAACCAUAGCCUGCCCACACAAGGGAUGCUCCAAAAUGUUCCGGGACAACUCUGCUAUGAGAAAGCAUCUGCAUACUCACGGACCCAGAGUUCAUGUCUGUGCUGAGUGUGGAAAAGCGUUUGUAGAAAGCUCAAAGUUAAAACGACAUCAACUAGUUCAUACGGGAGAAAAACCCUUCCAAUGUACUUUUGAAGGCUGUGGAAAAAGAUUUUCUCUAGAUUUCAAUUUAAGAACUCAUGUACGGAUUCACACGGGAGACAGGCCAUAUGUGUGUCCGUUUGAUGGUUGUAACAAGAAGUUUGCACAAAGCACCAACCUCAAGUCUCACAUACUUACCCACGCUAAGGCCAAAUCCAGGAAUUCACUGUCCAGGAACGGCGGGAACGCAUACGAGUCGGCGAGAACCACACCCCAAUACGUCCAGCUCGAGGUGUCACCCGAUGACUCCAACCCACAACUCAUAUUCUACACCCAUGAAUGAGAUUAAAGUGAGAACGAACUCUUCCCUAGUGAAGCAAGAGAAUGUGUAAAUAAAAUAUUUUUAGAUGAAAACCUACAAAUUUGAACUGAGUGUGUUACGUGCAUGUAAAAUGUUUAAAAGAUUUAUACAUGCUGAGAGCUGUGAGAACUGAUAAAGUCAGUUUUGUAAAAGAUAUUGUACAGAAAGUUUUAUACAAUGUAUAGUUUGUAGAUAGCUAGUCUUUGGAUAGGGUGGGCUUAGUGUUGAACGUUGAAAAAUGCUUUCUAUGAUUUUAAGAUAAACCAGUUUUAAGUUUACACUUAGUUAAGAUUAUUUUUUUCAUAUUAAAAUAAUAUGCUAGGCGUCUUAAUUUUGUGAAA